AUGGGGAAAACAGAAGAGGAAAUACUGGAGGAUGUUUUGAAUGAGUUAGAGCUUGGUGAAAUCUACGAAGACGUCUUCAAUGAUAGGACAACAUCUAAAUAUGACACCCAUUGCAGUGCGCUCGCUAGUCAUGAUAAGCAAUAUGUAGGGGCACGGGCACUAUGCGGUAAAUAUGUACGCGCUUUGGAAAAAAUAUCUGAGAUGCAAAAAGACCAAAAGUAUUAUGACCGCUGCAAAUAUGUACCAUACUGGUUAUAUGGAGAAAUUGGGAAAAUAUAUAAAAACCACAAUGUAAAUAUUGAAAAGAUUCCUUUUGUUAAGGAUCUUAUUAACGUAGAGAAAAAAGUGAAAGACCUAAUAACUAAAAAUAAGUGUAACGUACUUUAUAACAACCUUGUCCAUUUGGAUGAAUUGAUAAAGAGGAAACAUUCGUACAUUUAUUUUAAAAAAUAUGAUAGUUUUAAAAAUACUACAAAAUCGUCAAUUAAAUGCGAUAAGUAUUUCAUAUAUCUUGAUUAUAUUAAUUCCUUUUAUAACAAGUUUAAGAGUGAUAACUGUACGGGGGUUUUAUCGCUGCUGUGGUCCGAUCCAGAUUUCUUUAGAUGUAAUAAUGCCCUUAACCCCAAUACGAUAUUAUCUAAAAUACAAGAUUGUAAACCUGAAGGAUUUAAAAGUCGUUUGAACCUAGAAGGGUUGAAACUACAGCAGUCUCUCGUGACCCUAAUGCGGGCCUCAGGGUAG